CUGUCCAGAAGGGUGCCUGGAAACAAAACCCGAAUAUUCUCAUGAUGGCUGAGGCCUAGAGUAAAUUCUCUGGAAAACUAAUAACAAGCAACAAUUACAGGAGAUCGAAGAAGAACCAGUGAAAGGCAAAUACGUCGUCUUCUGUUGCAUCUCAUCUCGUGCCAUCUGUCAUGGCUUUGAACAAUGGAUUCAGAUCUGCUGCGAGGCUCCUCAACUCUUCUGACACGUUGGUUUCAAAGUCAGUGAGCAGAGGUUUCCGUUCCACCGGGGUUAAGAGGAUGGGAGGUGGACAUGGGCAUGGCCAUGAUGAACCAGAAUAUCUACAUGCAAAACACAUGUACAACUUGGAUAAAAUGAAGAACCGUCCAUUGAAGAUGUCCCUUGCUGUGUUCAGUGCCUUCAGCAUUGGUGUUUUUGUUCCCGUCUACGCCGUCGUCUUCCAGCAAAAGAAGACAGCUUCUGGCUAGCUCUCAACACAUGAAUUGUUUGUUUGCAAUUGGGAAAAUCCCAGACUAGCAGAAUGAUGAUUUUUGUGCUGUUUUGAAUUUUUUGUUUCUGAUUGAAACUAGAAUUGGGUUUUCUAUAUUUCUUGAUAAUAAUCGAUCCUGUGAUUGAACCUGA